UUUAACUAUAACACACAACACACACGAAUUAUAAUUUCUGAAGUUUAAUGUUUUGAAACGUCGCAAAAUCAUAUAGUCCGCGGUGGCAGUCGAUAUCACUGCAUCGUUCCUGUGAUCGUCUGUACGAAAAGAUAAUUCGGGCGCGAUGGUAUUUUUAAACAUAAACACAGAUCUGUUGCCCAUAAAGGCGCAUUAUUUUCUUUUCGACGCAGGAAAUUCGCCCAUUAACCCAUUCCUGUCGACGAUCGCCAAGCAGAGGGGCUACUCGUCGUCGGUGGUUGGUAACAUUUUCACGUUGCUGUUGCUGCUGAACAUCGUAGUCAAACCGCUGACCGGAUACGUCACCGACAGAUGGAAGUGUCGACGUUCCGUGUUUCUGGGUGCGAUCCUCCUCAACGGUCUUAUAACUCCCAUGCUGUACCUCGUGCCUGGCGCUACAUCUUCGGUGGGCGAGAUGUCCGACGCCGAGGCCUUUGGCUCGCUGCAGUUCUGGUGGUUCUCGACCGUCGUUAUGCUGAGGAUGGUGUUGUUCAUGAUCGGCGAAGUCUUGCAGGAGACCAUCUGCAUGGGAAUCCUAGGUGGAGACACUGUUAAGUUUGGAAUGCAACGGCUCUGGGGUGCAGCUGGAUGGGGUGUCAUGUCGUUGGUAGCGGGGGGCGCUAUUGACUGGUACAGCAGAGGCCUAGCACAAAAGGACCAUUUGCCUGGAUAUUUGCUAUCGGCGGCCUCGUUUCUCGUAGAUUUCAUGGUGGCGUUUAACUUAAAGGUACCCGAAACCGAUGGACCAACAACAAACGUACUCAGGGACGUGAAAGUAGUGUUAAAAAACACUAAAGUAUGCGUUUUCCUUGUUUGGGCAACGGUCGGUGGAAUCUUCACGGCGUACAUUUGGUUUUAUUUUAUCUGGUAUGUCGAUGAUUUGGCCACAAUUUAUCACCCUGAACGGAAAUCGAUGUUAAGCUCAAUCGAAGGAUUUUCUCUUACAAUUGAGUGUUUAGGUGGGGAAGUUCCAUUUUUCUAUUUAUCUGGCUACCUGAUCAAGCGUACCGGCCAUAUGACAGCGUUUUCGAUAUCAUUCGCCAUGUUCGCGUUGCGAUUUCUGUUGUAUUCGAUCAUCCGAGACCCACUUUGGGUACUGCCUGUAGAGUUAUUAAAUGGUAUUACGUUUGGAUUGAGCUACAUUGCUGGAAUAUCUUAUUCUGCCAAAAUUGCCCCUGUCGGUAGCGAAGGUACAGUCCAAGGGUUGUUUUCGAUGGCGUUUCAAGGAUUCGGAGGUUCUUUGGGUGCACCAUUAGCUGGUUACACAUUUAGCCAUUUAGGCAGCGUAAUGGCUUUUCGACUUAUCGGUUUCAUCGCACUUAUAAUGUGUGUCAUUCAAAUAGUUGUAAACUACUUUUUAAAUCGGAAUAAGAAAUUAAUUGCAUAAAUAGAGGAAUCAAAACAUAAAUAUCGAUCAAGUAUAAUAUUUAUCAUACAUAAGUAGACUUCAAAUUGAAGAGGAUCUAAGAGUACCAUACACAAUCUUUAUUUCAUAGCUGUAUACACUGUCUGAUAUUUGCAAACUAUAUGAUAAAGCCGUCACUGUGUGGGGUCCAGGAGCCUGGACUCCCGCCUCUGAUAUUUUAGAUUCUGAGCGGAGUGAAAGAUUGUAUUGGUUUUACAAUGAUGUGUGUUUUUUCUAUCUGUCAGCAACAUUUUGGAUAGUAAGCAUGCUUCAAUUUUUAAGAUCAGCAUCUUUUCUGAUAGAAAAGUGAAUCUAGUUGGUACUUUUGGGAGGUAAAUUCCGAGUAGUUUUAGCAAGCGUGGAGAAAAACUACUGAAAAAUUACGAAAAACCACUAAAAAUGGGAUUUUAAUUUCUAACGCUUUGUUUAUCACCAUAUAGCAACGAAUAAAAAUAAUAAUAUUUUAAGGAC